AUGGGAAAGCCUCCAAAUGGUACAAAGACUAACUGGAUUAUGCAUGAAUCUAGGUUGGAUAAUUCGGUUUUAUGCAGGAUAUAUAAGAGGGAUGAGAAAAACAAUUUGAAAAGUCGACUUUCAAAUGAGGAACAAUCUGCACAGUUAGAUGAUCAAAUUGCUGAUGUUGUUAGGGAUGUUAACAAAAAUAGCGAUCCUCCAGCCUACACAAACGCCCUUAAUUAUAAUAAGCAAAUUGUUUCAAUCCCAAUCCAAGAGAAACCAAGUGCAUUUUAUGAAAAUCCUCCUUACCUUCCAAUCAACAAUUAUGAUCAUCACCGAGCAAUGUUUGAUGCUGCCAAUUAUCAACAUGCAAUGUUAGCAGCUGUCAACUAUGGAUCUUAUCGUACUUAUGCUACUGGUAUGACACCACCUGAUGAACACCUCCAAUAUUCAGAUUAG